UAUUUCAGUACUCCGCGCUUCGACUGCUUCGACUUGCGGACUUUAAGUCCACGCUUCGACUAACAAUAAGGGACAUCUAGCGUGUAUUAGAAAAACACGCGAAGUAGAUAAUCCAAGUACUUCAUCGUCUGCAUUUUUUGUAAUAGUAAAUCUACUUAAGAGAGUCUCUUUACGUGCGGCGACAUACGAUCGUUGAUUGAAAUGGCUGGCCGAUGAACAUUAGGCAACCGCGUUUGACAUUUGAUAAUGAAGCAUUGAAUUACUUACAUAGAUCUCGGGGUCUUAAGCAUGGAUGUUAAAUAAAUAUCGUUUUAACUUUGUUGCGUAUAGACUCGAUUUGUUGUUCUCAAUCGAAUUAAAAAAAUGAAGGGUAUUUUAAUCUUCGAUCACCUGAACGAUGUUCUUUUCACGAAGUGCAACAAAAAAUUCGCGAAUCACAUUCAGAAACUGGCAAAAAUUCAAGGACUAAUUUCCGAAAACAAGGAUGCAGUCGAGGAUUCCAAAUUGAACCCAAAUAUAAUAAUGCAAUUAUUUUCACCUAUCGUCACAUCGCAAUAUGUGAUGGCCUCUCAGUUUGGAAAUUCUUACACCUCUAUGAAAUGUCAUGAUGGCACGAACAUGGUAUUCGACGAAUUUAUGGGAUACACUUUUAUUUAUAUCUCGACAGAUGACGUGAAAUUAAUGAAAAGAACGUUAGGCGUAUGCGUAGCAAUUGUAAGGCACGUUUGUGGACCAGAUGUUGCAGUAUUAAAAAUAAACAGACAAAAAGUCUGUUUGGUCUCCUCUUUAUUGGAUGCAUGGGCGCAUCUGAGGAACAUUGAACAGAGUAUGCUCACAGAGGCAAUUGAACAAUUAUCGAUCAAUACAGACCUGGGUGUAGCAAUAUUAAAAGUAUUACACGAUGCCUGCGAUAAAUUAAAGGCACAAUCCGAAUUUUCGAAUGUACACAUUUUAAUACUGGUGGAACAGAAGUUUCUUUCGUUGUACUCUAGUAAGAAUGCACGCGAUUUGUAUCCCUCUGAUAUAUUGCUGAUGAUGCUUCUUUGCUGGGUAGUAAAUCAGAAAAGAAAAGGAGAUACCCAGUGUGAAACGAAUGACAAUGAUGAGGUCAGAACUGACAUUCUUUUACCUGAAACUAAUUGCUCCAAAGAGGAGCAAAUAACUUUUGGAGCCAAGCUUGCGAAUCCUACUUCGGAAGACAUCACAAAUUUAUUUAGAGGAUCAAGAGAAUCUUCUAUCAAUGAAGGUCUUCAUUCUCUUAUGGAUGAUGAUUUGUACAGCAAUUUGAUUCUACUUGGAACCGUGCAUGACUAUACCGCUAAUGCAGUUCACAUUUUCGAAUUAGCUGACGGGAUUAAUCUCGUUAUGAUCGUUGAAGUUACUAAUCUUGCAACGUCAUCGGGAUUAUACGAUAGUUUCCAUUAUCUGAACAUCAUAAAUGGUUUGCAACUUCAAAGGGAUAUUGAUGAAUUGAGGCCAGCAUUUGAAAACUUCGAUGCAGCAAUGAAAAAAGCUUUGGACGGGAUUAAGAAGAACAGAGCUAAUGUCAGUAACGACGUCGACAUGUGUCAAAGGAGAUUACAAACAAAGUGGGAAUUCGUUCGGAAGAAAUACAUGGAUUUACUGAAAUCCAGAGACCCGGAGUCCAUACUUCAAAUCGAAUCUAACACCUCGGGAUUCACGGAUAAUUUGAAAGAAUUGUAUCGAUUAACGUGUUUCGACAAGAACUUUUUGAAACAAGGUGUUGACGUGCUGACGACGGUGGGAAGGCUUGUUCGUCAGAAAUUAAAUGAUUUCAGCGAUUUCCUUAAAGUAAAGGCACUGAAGAAUUUUACUCUUGGAUCGAGAACUUCCCUAACCAUCAACAAAUAUCUAGAAGAGUUUCCAGGCCUCGUGCAUUUCAUUUACAUAGACAGAGCUACUCACCGAAUGACCGCUCCGACUUUAGACUUCACGAACCCAGAAACCCUGGCUCUAACAACGAAAAAGAUCUGGAACAUGGUUAAACAAAGCAGGAUGCAUUUAAAGGAAGGACACUUGUCCGUCAUGUGGAAAGAUACCACCUUCAAUUACGCUUAUUUUUUAUGGUUUGAAGAUAGUUCUGGUUCGGCAUUAAAGUGUAACGUUUACCUGAAUCAUUUAAUGAAAAACUUUCCGAUACCGGGUAUUUUCUGUGGCGAUUUUUACAGGAAGUUGGCGGAGACGUGUUUCCCGAAGGUAUCUGCGAAUAAAAUCAGGAUUUACGAACUUUAUUGCGUUCAUCUCGGUUUGGCAACGUCAUCGUGUGUGUUGGAACACUCGAGGAGACUCGCGGCUACGAUAUGGGAAGUCACAGGAGUUCCAAAUAAUCCUGCUGACAUACUUUAAUUACAUUCCUUUGAAGUAUUCAUGAACUGUGAAUGAUAAAGCCUGAUAUUACGAAAAGCUCGAAUAUCUUACAGUUAUAAUAUUAAAAA